AUUGGCAAGCAGCAAUUCCCUCGCUGUUAAGCAUGCUGCCAGGCUGAGACUCACCUCCAAAAGGCUUCCGAGGUGAUCUGCCGGGCUAGCUGGCCUGCCAAUCCGCUGUCGUUGGGACCGACCGAGACGCAAUGCGACUUCUGCGCCGCUGGCGGGGAAUGCGCUUGCGGACACACUGCAGACGGCCUGCCGCCUCGGAUCAAGAGGUACGAAUAAGGCCUUAGGCUUCGGGCGGUUGGCCGUGACCCCGGUGGCAUGGUAUAUAAGAAGGAUGAUGGAUUUAUCGGGAUAGUGUUAGGCGAGAUCUAUCCCUAUAGGACCUACACCGACGCAAACUGGACGUUUAACUUAUCCCGAACGGAUUUUCAAGAUAGCGCGGCCGUUUACCAGAUUCGUCUUAAGGAGGCGGGGAACUGCUUCAGAAAUCUUGUCGCUGCCGAGGAACCUAUAGCACGGCUUAUUCUAAAAAGGCGCGGCGGCCGCUAGGUGAUAGCGGUCGAGGCCGAGCGGGAUAUUAUGGAUAGUAGUCAGAUCAGUGUUAUCUCUGUGCCGUGGACGAGGGUGGACGAGGGACCUAUCGCAUAAACCAGAGGUCUGAGCAUCAGGAGGCACGGCUCACGGCCUCGAGGCGGGAGCCGAGGCUUCUAACGACAAGGUAAUUAAGGGGGCACAAUAGCGUUGCUGAAGACUCGGCAAGGGGGUCAGAAGGACGUUCGAAGAUGCAAUCAUGUUCAUAAUUCAGCCAGGCACGCAGCGACAAAUUGCAGCAUGUCGAGCGAUCGGACAACAUACUCGUCCGACCUGGCCUGUGAACGUCAUGUCAGUACGGGCUUGUAGUGGGCAGCUCGGCGAGAGGGCGUGGAGGUGGAGUGGGUGAUGCGCUAUGCCCGUAGACGAACG